UUGUCCUCGGGAGCCCGAACAAUGGGACAAUGGCCCUCGGUGCGCUCCCCCCGCUCCCCGGCACGCCCCCCCGGGAGCCGCGCUCGCCGCUCGCUGCCCCCGCUCCCGCUCCGUCCCUCGCUCCCGGGGAUGUCCAUGAGGAGCCCCGUCUCUCCACCCCCGGAGCUGGAUGGAGCGGGCACCAUGGUGAACUGCGUCGUCAAGACCGAGGAGAAGAAGGAGGGCGGCCCCGAGACCCCCCCGGGGGCUGCCUCCAGCGCCGAGCCCCGGCCCCACGACCCCCCGGGGCCACCUCCCAGGGAUGGCACCGACCCCCAGGCCCUGCCACAGGAAUCCGCCGGGGAUGUCCCCGAGCCCCGGCGCUCCGCCUUCGAGCCGGCCGGGAGCGGCCAGGAGAAGCUGGACUUCAACAGGAACCUGAAGGAAGUGAUGCCAACCAUCGAGAAGCUGCUGGCCAGUGACUGGAAGGAGCGGCUGCUGGGCAGGAACACGGCUGAAUCCAAGGAAGUGAAAGGAACCCAGGAGAGCCUGGCGGAGAAGGAGCUGCAGCUGCUGGUGAUGAUCAACCAGCUGUCCACGCUGCGGGACCAGCUGCUGACGGCGCACUCGGAGCAGAAGAACAUGGCCACCAUGCUCUUCGAGAAGCAGCAGCAGCAGAUGGAGCUGGCACGGCAGCAGCAGGAGCAGAUCGCCAAGCAGCAGCAGCAGCUCAUCCAGCAGCAGCACAAGAUCAACCUCCUCCAGCAGCAGAUCCAGCAGGUCAACAUGCCCUACGUGAUGAUCCCCGCCUUCACCCCCGGCCACCAGCCGCUGCCGGUCAGCCCCGAGUCCCAGCUGGCCCUGCCCAUCCAGCCCAUCCCCUGCAAACCGGGUGAGUCGGGGCUGGCCCGGCCCUGCGGGGCGGCCUUGUCCCCCAGCCGCGUCCCUGUUGUCCCCAAGCGCUGUCCCUCUGCUCCCGCAGUGGAUUACCCGGUGCAGCUCCUGCACAGCCCCCCUCCUGCCACGCUGAAGAGACCCGCGGGCCCGGGCCACCUCCCGAUGCAGGAGACCUCGCAGCCGCUGAACCUGACGGCCAAGCCCAAAGGUCCCGAGCUGCCCAGCGCCUCCAGCUCGCCCAGUCUGAAGAUGAGCGGCUGCCAGGCGCUGCCACCCAGCCACGGCGCCGGCAGGGAGCUGCAGAGCAGCCCCUCCAACCUCCCGCUGGGGUUCCUGGGAGAGGGCGAUGCCAUCACCAAAGCCAUCCACGACGCGCGGCAGCUGCUGCACGGCCACGGCGCCGCCAUGGAGGCGUCCCUGAGCAGCCCCUACCGCAAGGAGCCCGUCGGGAUUGACUCCUCCCCGGUGAAGGAGCGGAUGGAGGAGACCCCCAGCCACCGGCUGGACGAGGCUCUGCUGAGCUGCGAGAUGGACGGCUCCCGGCACUUCCCGGAGUCCAGGAACAACAACCACAUCAAGCGGCCCAUGAACGCCUUCAUGGUGUGGGCCAAGGAUGAGCGCAGGAAGAUCCUGCAGGCCUUCCCAGACAUGCACAACUCCAGCAUCAGCAAGAUCCUGGGAUCCCGCUGGAAGUCCAUGUCCAACCAGGAGAAGCAGCCCUACUACGAGGAGCAGGCGCGGCUGAGCCGGCAGCACCUGGAGAAGUACCCGGACUACAAAUACAAACCGCGGCCCAAGCGCACCUGCAUCGUGGAGGGCAAGCGGCUGCGCGUGGGAGAGUACAAGGCGCUGAUGAGGAACCGGCGCCAGGACGCCAGGCAGGGCUACUUGAUAGGGCCGCAGGGCAGCCAGGUGCCCCCCAGCUCCUCGGACGUGCUGUACCCGCGGCCGGUGGGCAUGCAGCUGCCCCCGCCCCUCCUGGAGCAUUACCUGCCCCGCGGCGUGGACCCCACCAUGCCCGUCAUCGUCAACACGCGCAGCCUCAAGGACGGGGACACCGGCGACGACGGGCACUCGGUGCCCGAGGGGGACAUGUACCGCUACAGCGAGGACGAGGACUCGGAGGGCGAGGACAAGAGCGACGGCGAGCUGGUGGUGCUGACGGACUGAGGGGGACAGGGGACAGCCGAGGGGGUGGCAGGGCUGGCUGCCACCUCCGGCAGGGCACGGCGUGUCCUGGUGGGAUGGCACUCUGCCACAGCGGUGCUGCCCACCUCUAGAAGGGUCCCACGAGGGUGGGCACCUGGGAUUUUGGGUGGCAAGGACUGGCUUGGCCUUGCUUUGGUGGCACGUGGAGCCUGGAGAUUUGGUGAUGCUGUGGCUGCUGCGUUGUCACCCCUGAGGGGACCUGAGGCUGCGGGGAACCUCCAGAGCAUCUCCAGCCCUGUGGCACCUGCGGGUCCUGGAGAGCCUCACCCGCUGCGCUGCUGGGCACGGGAUGGGGACACAGGAUGGGGACAGAGACUGGGGACACAGGACAGGGACACACUCGUCCCUGCUCUAUCCCGGUGUGACCUCCCCUCCGCGCUUCCCGCUCGCUCUUUGGCGCCUGCCAGCGAAUUCCCACCGAGCCAAUUUUAGCUCCAGCCUGGCCCCGGCCCCGGCCAAGGGCUCCUCGGGGCCCUUUGUGCUGCCGGCAGCUCUGGCCCACUUUGGGAAUAAAGCGGGGGCUGUUCCUGCCCUGCCAGCCCCCAGCCAGGGGGGACGUGCCCGCCUGUGCCCGGGCACAGGGCCCUGCAGCCCGGGCUGCACCUGAGCCCUGCGGGGCGGGAGGGAGGGAAGGGAGCGGCUGAGGGGAAGGAAUUGUGAGGAAAAAUGAGCUUGGGGUGGUCAGAGCCUGGGGCAGGGGCUGGGGUGUGCCUGGGCAUGGGGGUGGCCAGGUGGGUUAGGGGCGGCUGGGUGUGUGUGACUUGUCCAGGUGGGUGGCAGUGCCCAGGUGAGUGUGCAGUGUGUGCCAUGUCCAGGUGUGUGUGUGCCAGUGCCUGUGUGUGUGUGUGCUAUGCCCAGGUGUGUUUGUGUCCCAUGCCCAGGUGUGUGUGUGUGUCCCAUGCCCAGGUGUGUGCCAUACCCAGGUGUGUGUGUGCCAUACCCAGGUGUGUGUGUGUGCCAUACCCAGGUGUGUGUGUGUGCCAUACCCAGGUGUGUGUGUGCCAUGCCCAGGUGUGUGUGCCAUGCCCAGGUGUGUUUUUGCAGUGCCCAGGUGUGUGCCAUGCCCAGGUGUGUGCCCUGUCCCCCCGUGCCCAGCCGCUCUCUCCCCGGCCGUGUCCCCGCUGUCCCUCUGUGCGCGGGGCUCCGGCACCUCCCUGUGGCACAGCCGGGAACAGCCCCGAGCCUGGGACAGCGCGGGGACAGCGACAGCUCUGGGGACACUGCAGGGACUGUCACUGCGCUGGGGACACCGCGGGGGCAGGGACAGCGCUGGGGACACUGCAGGGACUGUCACUGCGCUGGGGACACCGCGGGGGCAGGGACAGCGCUGGGGACACUGCAGGGACUGUCACUGCGCUGGGGACACCGCGGGGACAGCGACAGCGCUGGGGACACCACGGGAGCCGUGGCCACCUGGGCUCGAGGCUGCACAAAGCGUGCACCAGCCUCUGUCCCCGUGUCCCUCUGUCCCCUUGUCCCUCGGUCCCCUUGUCCCCAAGCCGGACUGGAGAUCUGAAUCUCAGCAUCACCAGCACCCCAGUGCUGGGGACACUGCCCUGGGGACAUCCCUCAUCCCAGGGGACAUCCCUCAUCCCAGGGGACAUCCUGCCAGCCCCUGCCCUGCCCUGCCAGCCCCUCCCUGCUCCCCUGCCCUUUGUCAGUGCUUUAUUUAUUCCCAACUCCAUGGGGACAGACGGGGGUCCCUGAGGUGGGCCAGGGGUCCCGGGGAAGGACAGGGGGCCCCAGUGAGGGACAGGGGUCCCUGGGGAUGGAAGGGGGUCCCUGGGGAGGGGUCCCACUCCAGGGCUGUGCUGCAGAGGGACUGGCAGCAGAUGUGUCCCCUCCCCACAGCUGCAGCUCUUCUUGUCUCUCUUCCAUUACUUUUUCUUUUUCUUUUUUUGUUGUUUCGUUUGGUUUUUUAAAGAUUGUAAAUAUAGAUAGAGCUUUAUUUUGUUAAUAAGACGACGAGUAACUUAACCUGUAUAUUUCACAUCCCUGUUUACAAUCGUUCCUCCCCCUGGCCCUUGGCACAAUAAAAGUGACUUUUUGGAGCAGA